UAGAGAAACUAUUAGUUUAAAUUUUUAGUGUCACUUAAAAUGGAAUUUAAUAUUCGAUUUAAAAUGGUUCAAAUAAUUCGUCGCUGUUUCGUAUUAAAACAUUGAGAUUAACAUUUAGUUAGACAUUUUGUUCGCAAUGUAAAACAAUCCACUGGAAUUAAAUCAUUAUUAUUAGUACAUGUAAAUGUGUAAAAUCAAGUGUGUAAACUAUAGGAUUCAGUUAUUAUUGCGGAAACAUAGGAAUUAAUCUUCAGCUGUCGGGGAUGUCUGUACAGCACGUGAACAAUACACGAUAUCCCGUGCAGAUGCAUAAAAAGAAGCUCGAUUUCUUAAGGACCGGGAGUUUCAAAGGUAAUCGUUCACAGAAGAAAUUAAGGAAGUCUGUUAGCCUGCCAAAUACUCCAUUGUCAGAAGAAUUUAAGUUUGAAGUAACUGAAAAUGUAAUAGCGGAAACUAGAACUAGUGUAGACAAGAAAACUGUUGCAGAAACCAACAAAGAUUUCAAGGUUUCAUAUGCUAAGAGAUUACCAGAUGAAGCACCAAUUGUGAAUAACAGGUCUAUAGACUUUGCUGUUCUGACACGUAGAGGUGUUUCUUUCGUAAUGGUAACGUUGUGUUAACCAGUAUGAAUAGAUAUUUAAGGACAUAUUUUCCCAGGUCUGCGUUGUAUUCAUAGAACUGUGUUCCAGUUAUAGAAGGUUAAAGAAUUAAAGUCUACAUGUCUGACAGAGAAAGAAAAUGCAGCUAAUUAUACCAGACUGAUUCUUAAACUGCCUUUCAGCUAUUUAUUUCUGUUGCCACUAAGUAACUAUAAUUGAGAAAGUAAUCAACUGAAACUGAAUCACACUGUGCUAAAGUUAUAUUGAUUAGUGCCUGGUUUCUGCUUAUAUGAUGAGACUUUACACUGUUUGAUAUAUAGACUGUAUAAACAUUCCAAUUAUUAUAUGCCUUACUAUAAAUAGUAACAAAAUUGAACAGGACAGAAUUCUGUAAUCCAGACAUAUAACUGGUGCAAGCAUUUUAACCCUUUAUUGGCUCAUCAAAGAUGUGUGACGUCAAAUUUGACUUCAUUUUACCCUUUUGUUGUGGCAUUGAAAAUUUUGUUAACGCUGAGAUUGGUUGAAUAUAUAGUACUCAAACAUAUUUAAUUAUGUUGCAUAAUACUCCUGACCAACUCUCAGUAUGUCAUAGUGUAAUACAGUUUUCUGUUGUGUUCACAUUGUAGAUGCAUUCAUUCCGCUAUGGAAUAGGAAAGUGUCCUAAUGAUUAUUCCAUUGACAGUAAUUUCAUGGAGUUUAUUAGAAAUGAUUAUAGUAUGACUAAGAAUAAUUGAGAUAAAAACAUGUUUGUUUAAUUUUCCAUUGACUUUAGAGAAAAGUUCAUGGUGCUCUAUGGUUUAAAGCGACUAACCAACACAUCAUUGUGUGAGAAUUUAUAAAAUUAAACGUUUACCUAUACUCACCUUUAUGUUGCAUAUUUAAUGUUCUGACAAUGUACACGG